AUGACUUUUGCCUUGAAUAUAUUUGAAAGUGAAUUCAAAGAAAUUACUGAUUUUGUUUCGAGGUACCCAAACAUUGAGACAGGAGGUGAUUUGUUUGGUUUAUGGAAAGCCAACGGCGACCCUGUUGUUCAGUUGAUCAUUGGGCCGGGGAAAAACUGCAGACGUACCUCGGUUUCGUUUCAUCAAGACACAGACUACCUAGCCAGUGUCGGUACAUAUGUUAAUACCUCCUAUAUGCUAUGUCAUAUCGGCAGUUGGCAUUCGCACCAUCAAUUAAGUCUGAUGCAGCCCAGUGCGGGGGAUCGUAGCACAGUGUGUAAUAAUUUUCCCGAAGGACUUAAACGCUACAUCAUGAUCAUCGCAAACAUAACACAAGGAGUGUCGAGUCGGCAAUCUGUUGUUAUUCACCCGUACAUGUUUACCGAUGGUGGACACGUUUGUAAACAAGGCAAAGUGAGUAUAAUUUCUUGGGGAAGCCCUUUUCGUGAAGUGGGGUAUGUUAUGACCCUUGUUGCCAAUGGUGCAGAACAAUGUCUGUCAACCAAGGAAGCGUAUUCUUCGAGAGCACCAUUAGAAUACCACAACCGUCCGUCAACACGGUCUAAACCAAUAAGUGCGGCCCCAGGAAAUGUUAAAACCAUUUACACUAAUAAUGAAUCUCAUUCAAUGAAAGUGGACAAGAACUUCAACCAAUCGUCAACAUGGUCAAAGCAUCAUCACGAUCAAAACACACGGUCAAACCCAAUGCAUCAAAACUACUUUUCAACCGAUAGUGUUCCUGAGCCAAUGGAUGUCGACCCACCAGAUUACCACAAGGUUACUCUGCAAGAAUCAACAAAACCACAACAUCAAGUCACUGAAAACCACGACACCAAGCAACCGACACAGUGGUAUGACACUGAAGAAGGGGGUGCUAAACUGAAAGAAAUUGACCAAGAAAUAAGGACCACUAUGACCAACAACAUCGGUUAUUCUCGAAAUACAUAUUCCAAAAAUCUUACCAUUGAGUUCACCCAUUACGGACAGAAAUGGACCAUCGACUUUCCUGAAUUGUUUGAUAAUGAGCCAGCGUUAAUUAGCAAUUCACAUUAUGGAAAAGGUUUUCCAUCCAGAAAUGUCAUCGGAGAUAUCAGAAAAGCCUGUAGGUGUCAUCAGUGCCAAAACAAAAUUAUUCACUGUCAACACUCUCCUUCAAAAGACAACCAUCCCUUGUCUUCUCCAAAACGAGACCACUCACCUUCUCGUGCGAAACGAAGCCCACCACACAUUCAUUCAAAAAAUGUCCAAUCCCCCUCUCCUCCAAAACAAGACCCCUCACCUCCUUUAAAAGAUGUUCAUCAUGUCUCUCGUUCAAGACAAGGCCGUUACUCUCCUUAUGAUCAUGACAAACGACCACAGUCGAGAAGGGUAUCUAAAAGUCCACAGCAACCCUGGUACAAUACAGAAAUUGGAAAACCCAUUGUGCAAAAGAUUAAAAGUGACAUUGAAACCUAUUUAAAGACUACUAGCAAUGUCGGCAGAGUACGAGCUAUGGACACAGCCACUUCCAAAGGCAGAACCAAACACCUUAUAUUUUAUCAUAAUGGCCAUGAUUGGAUCAUAGAAUUUGUCAGUUCAAGUCAAGUUGUGGAAUUGAAAAUUGACAGAUAUGGACAAAAGAAGUGUGUGGCUACGUUGGGAUCACCAUACGAUGUGGUCAGAGAGUUGAAACAUCAUUGUUUUUGCAUUAGGUGUUUGUCAACAAGACGAAGUCCAAGUGCAGGCCAAAGGAGACAAAGGUCUGCGUUAACACGCCCAAAUUCACGUUAUGUUGACCGUCGUUCACCAACAAGAGUUUCACCAACAAGAGUUUCAUCAACUUCCAAGUUCUUCGCGACUGAAAAGGGUGAAGAGAAAUUUGGGAAAAUCUGCACUCAAAUUAACACUUUGUUCUUGAAUGGAAGAAAUGUGGAUAUCUCAAGACUUCAUUCCAAGGAUAUUGAAGUUAAAUUUGAGCACAAUCGCAGACAAUGGAAAAUUAUGUUUCCAUUUGGGUUUCCUGAAGCGUCACCCAAGCUUGAUUUUGCCUACAUGCACCAAACUGUAGAUAAAUUCUAUCCAGCUUCAGUUAGCAAUGAUAAUGUCCUUCGUGCAAUUAGAAAGAAAUGCAAUUGUUCGUCUUGUCGACGCUAUCCUUACUAA